UGAUCUGCAAACCCUCCCAAAUCCUCGCCCUUUCCCAUGCUUAAUUAACCGCGGCCUGCAAUGUCCAGACAUCCCUCUCACCCUCUGCGCCUCUGACUCGACUCAGAGUUGCAGCUUCCAGACUAAAAACGCACGUACCACCCCAAGCCAAUCCCUUACACUAGCUGUGCACGCGCGGCUCGCGUCUCCUCCUCUGCUUCCCCGGCGCACAAGAGAGUGCAAGACCGCAGCUGCGUCCAUGGAGCUGGAGGGGAGGGCAAGGCCGCUGCUGAUGCUCAAGGAGUGGCUGGAGCUGGAGUCCAGCGCGGAGCUCUCCCGCGACGGCUUCGGGUGCUACCCGCGGCGGCAGCUCGCCGCGGAGCUCCGGGGAGGAGGAGGAGGGAGCGGCAGGCGGAGGAACGGCGCCGUGAUCGAGAGGGUGUCGGCCGCGGUGAGGGCCGCUCUGUUGAUCCGGCCGUCGUCGUCAGCGCGGGAGGGAGGAGAGGCCGCGCUGUCCAAGAGCUUCUCGAGGAGGCUGGGGCGCGGGUUCUGGAGGAAGCGGAGAGGGGAGGGGGAUGAGGUGAACAGUAGGGUGGAUAGCUGCUCUGCGGCUGCCGUUAGCGGAAGGGAUGAUGGCUCGUCGCCGGCAAUGUCGCCUAGGAGGAGGAGCUGGGAGGGUCGCCACGCAGGUGGCGUCGCCGGCCGUCAGAGCCAUGAAACUCAGAAACAGGUUGCGAGUAAAAUGGAUUGCGAGGCGACGUGCCACUUGGACGAAGAGCUCGAACAGGGGCAGCGGCGGAGCCCAGUUUCUGUCAUGGACUUCCUCAGCCAGGAUGAAGAAGACGACGACGGUGAGGUCGAAGACGGCAACGGCAACAGCGAGUACGACGACGUAGACGACUCGAUCGCGUCGCCAACGUUCCAGCAAAGUCUAUCCAACAUUCGAAGAGUAGGUCAGCAGCUACUGCAGAAAAUUCGACAAUUCGAGCAGCUAGCUGAGCUUGACGCAUCCGAUGUGGAUGACGCCACCUUGGCCAAGGAGGAUGUUGUCUGCCACGUGGCGGAUUCCGACUCCAUGGAAGAUGACACCGAAGAAGCGUUUGUGCAGGACCUGGUCGACCUUCUAGAAGCAAACUCUCCUGGGUCCACCCGCUGCUUCCAGAAGCUUCUAAUAGAUUUCUUCUACGACGGGUUGCCACCUUGGCAGGGAGAAAGAUUGGACGGUCCAGAUAGAGCGAAGUUGCUGCUGGAGAUUGCCAAGGCAUGGUUGGAUGAUCAGGAUUUCUCGUCGAGGUUUGAUGGAAAGGCGGAGGUGGAGGAGAUUGAGCGGAUCGGGCGGUGGAGAUGCUUCAAGGAGGUCGGACAGGAGCUGCUGGCCGUUGAUUUGGAGGGCGAAAUCUUCUGGUCUUUGGUUGCUGAAAUGGUUGGAGAGUUGGGUUGAUUGCUCGUACUGCUGGCAAUGAGAAAAUACGUUAGAGGGAAUUAUCCAUGUUGAGCAGGACUCGGAUUCUAUGAUGCUAGUCCAAGCUCUAAGAGGAUCCAACUAGACGCUUACGCCAAUGGGAGGUCUCCUCAACGAAAUCAAAAUGUUCAUCGAUCUCCAUUUUGCUUCUCUCGGUGUGUGUCACUCACUACCCACAUGAUCGUAACAAACUGGGCCAUGAAAUUGGUGUUUUGGGAUGUAAUAGUCCUCUUUCUAGUCUAUCCUGGGAUUGUCUACCUCCUAGUUCGGAGGACCUGGUUGCUAGCGAUUUGGCCUCAUCAGUCAUCAGUAAUAUAAUGGAAUUUUUUCCUCUAAAAAAAAGAGAAAAAUACUUCUUUGGACGAGGUUGAAAGCUGAAAUAUGCAAGCAGCACGAGAUGGAAAGAAAAUCUUUGACCUGCAACUCUGAUCGAUAUAUAGUAUGGCUGAUGACAUCAAGGCAGAAGUUCAUGGGUAAUUAAUCUUAGAAUUGCUAGAUGAUCAUAGAUCAAGUUUGGCCGAUAGGGCGAUUCUGCAAUAUACAGUAGUACUAGCUUUUAUAAGCUUAUCCUUGGAAGUUGGAACUGUACAUGUGUUACCUCAUUGGACAUUGGUCCAUUGGAAAGCAAAGGCUUUGACA